AGCCCACCAAUUGGCCCAACCCAAAGCCCUAUCUCAACCAAAAAGCAACCCAACAAACACCCAAAAUAAUUCCUUCAGUUGGAUAUUUUCCCAUUGUCGGCAACUAAUUGAACCUCUACCACUUCAAAUCCCUUUCACCAUUUGCAUUUACUCCCUCCAAUGGCAGCCAUGGCAAUGUACUCCUCAACCCGCUAAAUUUAAUAAUAAUAAUAAAACUCGUUAGCCGGAGUUAACUGCCGCCGGCCAGCGAGCGAAGAUGAUGCGACGCGGAUUGAACUUCGUCCGCAACAGCCGGCGGAGCAACGAAGGUGCUGAAACGACGACGUCCUCUUCGUCCUCCUCCGCUAAGGACGACGGCGCGGCGUGGGAGAUGAGGCCCGGCGGGAUGCUGGUGCAGAAGCGCGGCGAGGCCUCCGCGAACGACUCGCCGCCGCCCAAUCUCCGCCUCCGCGUCGCCCACGGUGCCGUGCGGUACCAGAUCUCGGCAAGCUCGCUCUCAACUUUCGGCGAAUUGAAGAAGCUCCUGGCGGUGGAGACCGGGCUGGAGCCGCGCGAGCAGCGGCUGAUUUUCCGGGGAAAGGAGAGGGAGAACGGCGAGUAUCUGGAUUUUUGCGGUGUGAAGGACAAGUCGAAAGUGGUGCUGGUGGAGGAUCCGGCGAGCAGGGAGCGGCGGAUGGUCGAGAUCCGGCGAAAUGCGAAGAUCCAGGCCGUCCAUUGCCUGAUCGACGGCGUGGCUGCGGAGGUGGACAGGCUGGCAGAGCAGGUUGGAGUAAUAGAGAAAUCAAUUGCAAGUGGUAAGAAAGUAGCAGAGCUGCAGAUCACAACUUUGAUAGAAAUGUUAAUGAGACAAGCUGUGAAAUUGGAUAGCAUCACAGCUGAUCAAGCUUCAGAUGCAUGUGCAAAGAAGCAUUCACAGGGCAAACGGGUGAGAAAAUGCGUGGAGAAGCUUGACAUUCUCAAGGUAUCGAAUGCGAAGCAGAAGGUACAACCGGUUGUGAGCAGCGAUAAUUGGGAGACCUUCGAACCAUCUAUCUGUUCAAACAAAUGGGAACUCUUUGAUUGAUCAGCACGACAAGGCGCAUUCGUUUUGUCACAUAAACACUAAUGUUGGGCAAUCUAACAUUAGUCGGCCAUAUUUUUUUUCAAUAGAUAUGCAUGCCUUUUAAAUUGAGUAUUAUAUUCUGAAAAAACAACAUAAUCAAAAGUAUGAGACAUUCCACGGUAUGAAUAAUGUGUUUUUUGUUAAAAAAAAAAAUACGACAGAUUGACCUGUGUAAAAAGAUUAGACAGCGUCACACGAGAAUUUGUGAUAAGUAAAUUAUAAGCAUCAACUAAGUUUGAAUAUUUUCAAGGGUACUUGUGUUUUCAGUCUUCCA